AAGCGAAAAAUGAUAAAUGCAGCAGGGGGGCGUGACAAGGUUGUCCUACAACUGACACUAAAGCUCUUUGAAUUUGAAUGGAUCACAAUGGGAAUUUGGGGUUGGGACUAGAUUCAGCUGUAAAUCAUGUUCAUACAGUAUGGAACAGAUAUACUCAGUGAGCACUUUAUUCAGUAUUUAUUGGACUUAUCGUUUAGACUUCUACUGCUGUAGCCUGUCCACUUAGAAUUAUGAAGUGUUGUGUGUUCAGAGAUGCUCACUGGAUUUUUCACAUUUCUUUGCAAACUCUAGAGACUAGUUUGUGUGAAAAUCCCAAGAGAUCAGCAGUUUCUGAGAUACUCUAACCACCCUGUCUGCCACCAACAAUCGUGAACAUUAAGUGAAGCUCCUGACCCGUAUCUACAUGAUUGUAUGCAUUGCACUACUGCCAUACAAUUGGCUGAUUAGAAAAUUGCAUGAAUAAGUAGGUGUAAUGAAGUAAAAUAAUAAAGUGCUCAGUGAGUGUAUGUUAGCUAAAUGGCUUUAAGUCAAGGGUCCAAGGUAUCAAAUGAGCCUCAAUCCAUCAUGCUGCUGUCAGAUAUGCAGUAGAUACUACAAGAAUUGUUUCUCCUGACAAAUGUAUUCAUAUUCACAAAAAUAUUAAAAACACGAUUUGACAUUAUGUUCAUUUGUCUCAAACAUUGAAAUGGGGAACUUCAUAUAAAGAGUGCUGUUAUUACUACAUGGUGAAACCGAAAUAUCAAAAAUACCCUGUAAUAAAAGCUCUGAGUCUGCUCUUUGGCCACGUAUGGAUGGUUUAAUUACAAACAGAGAAUAUUAAAUCUGAAAAAGCUCAAAAAGACAAGGUGACCCCAGACUUUUGAACGGUAGUGUACAUGUUUAACUGUGCGGGUGCUUUUCAGUGUUGGGGUUCAGAGGAACCCAGUACUUAGCAGCCUUUUUUUUUGGGGCACAGCCAAUCGCAGAUCACCGAUUCACAUAAUUUACGUAUUGACUGUUGAUUCUGAAAAGCAGUGAAAUGUAACUCCGUAAGUGUUUACAUCCUUUACCUUGCUUUACUGUUUGAGUCUGUGGUGAGACGCACGUUUACCUCGUUGCUUUUCAAUUAGAUGCAAAGCCUGAUGAGAACCGCAGGCUAAGAAUUGUCCCGGAAACCCCCUGAACAGGAAACGUUGCAGUUAGAGAUAGGGCUUCUGUUUGACUCAUAUGCUCUGUGUGAGAGAUCUUGUUCCCGCGACUGAAGCCCAUUUAUCGGUGCAUGGUUGCUCCGUAUCUGACUGAUGCCUGUGGUAUCAGUGUGGACUGUGCCUCUCUCAGGUUCGCAGCAGGUCAGACGCUGGAUAGGUCUUGGUGACUGAGAAGCAAAGGACUGGAGGUCAGAAGGGUAAGAAGUCUUCCAGACACAUUACAGUGGAUAAAUACACAUUCGGAGGAGAAAUGGAGAGUAUGGAGCAAACAGAAAGCUGGACCAGCAAACACACAAACCACCUCUGUACAUGCACUGUACAUGAACCUCAGAGAGCCCCACAAAGUUUAUCCACUUUGUGCUUAGUGUUGCCCAGUUAUCUAUACAGUACAUCUAUUAUUACAUUUUAACCAAUUGCUGGCCAGUAGUCAGUGUUAUGGGAGUGGUCUGAAUGGCAUGUAAUCCAGUAUAAUCACUGACUAGACCCUCUGAGUCCCUAAUUACAAUUUGCAGUCAUGUAGUGCUAUAACUGGGACCGAGAACGCUUGCAGGCAGGCAAGUGAGAAGUGGAGCUUCUGUCUUGUCAUUGUGUCUUUGUGCUUAUUUUACAGGAUCUGGUGGAAGGGAAAGCCAGAUGACCACUGCAUGAAUCAUACAGAUGUACAGUACAUAUAUGCAGACUGUGUAAUUACUGUGUCUGGUGAAAAUGCAUGCUGUACACUAGACCGAUACAUACCGUUCAGCUUCUUUAACCAGAAUCUUGCCAGAGAUUGCAUUUCUGCUGGUGUAAACAUCUUUUAUUUUAUUUUUCUGAAGUGUUUUAUUGUGAAGCUAGAGAUGUUACUCUUUAGCUUCUGCACGUUUAGUGGGGGAGGUGUGCUGUGCUUCUUGUUCCAUAGGGCAGUGCAGGCCGUUGCAUACCCUGUAGGCCCUGAAGCAGAAAUGUAUUUAUUAUAUGCUUUAUUUUGCCAUUUGGCUGUUAUUAACAGUGUGCAGAUAUUUGAAUCAUUUUAAUAUAUAUAUUUUUUUAGCUUAAAUAAGUAAAUCAAAUCAACCAGUUUAACAAAAUGCAAAUUUGCCAGAAAUGUUCCACUUUUCUUUUCUUUUGAAACAUUUUUCCACACAUAGCCAUGUUUCAGUGAUCAGUGCGCUUUAAACAGCCGGGACCCAUUGGUUUCUCCUGUCCAGUUUUACCAGUACAGCACAUUAUGGAACUUGAGAUUUCUACUAAUCUACCUGAUUAAAAGUUCUGGUAUGGGAAUAUGGGGCACUUAUUCCUUAUCGUGCUAUCUCUGAUAUAUCUAAUGAAUAUUAAAAGGAAUAAACAUUGUUCAGUGGACAUUAUUGUCUAGCUGAGAGAUGAGCUUGUUGCUGUUCUGUGUUGCGGUGGUUGCAGUUGUACUGGGUGUGGGCCACGUUUAUGCACCACUGCACAAGACAGGAAGCUGCUCAGCUGCCGGCUUCAUGCCCCUUCCCGCACAGGGAGGUGAAUAAUCCCAUCAGGGAACCGUUAAUGGACACUGCAUGUGCAUUACUGUGCCCUGAGGAACACUGCAGGCAUGUGAAGUGAUGGACGCGCUCAAAUGAACGCACAGUGGGGCAGUUAUAACAGUAGAUGCCUGCUGGCCAGCCUUCUGUAUCACAACCCUACACUUCCUCAAAUAUAUGCUCACAGAAUGUACGACACUUAUUUUAUUGUGGCUUUGGUUACAGUUGAUCUACUGUAUCUACGGUGCUGUAUCUACUGCAAGGCACUACGCAGUCCAGUCUGUUCUGGUUCUGAGCCAAAGUGGGUGUGGAUUGGUUGUGAUGCAAUACCUGUUAUUAUGAAGAGUUUGUGAUAAUUAUGCAGUAGAGUGCAGUGGUAUUUUUCCUGUCAGUUAAAGGUGGAAAAGAGUGCAUGUUUUUACAUCAUACUGGGCGUCUGACGUGUAUUAUUCGUGGAUGGGUCUGUGUCUGUGUGUGUGUGUGUGUGUGUAUGUGUAUGUGCGUGUGUGUGUUUGUAUGUGUGUGUGUGUGUGUGUGUGGGUGUGGGUGGGUCACUGUGUGUCUGGGAGCAGACUUUUUUUUGUCAGAAUCAUUCAAUUUCCCAGCUCAUUCCCCUUUCAUUCUUGUCUGGCUUUCAUUGCUCACGUUGUGCGUGCGUCUUGUCUUUCACACCGCUCUCUGCCAUGUCGAAGGGCCUGCUAUACUUACCUGUGAAGUUCAAGAAGAACUUCUGCCAUGACGCUGCCGUCGAUCAAGCGAAGCAGCUGGAUUCCGCAGUGUCUCUGGAGGAACUGAAGGAAGCUGUGGCUUGCAGAAAGAAGGGUAGACCAUUAACUCAGGGUGAAGAUGUGACCAAUAUUGACGUGAAAACCAACUGUACCUCCCUCCACACUGUCUCCCUGUGUGGCCCAUCAGAGACAGAGAAACGGGGACAAAGCUCACACCCCUACAGGCUGGCUGCAGUGUGUCUGGGGCUGCUGUGUGCUCUCUUAUUGACUGCCACAAUAGUCCUGUGUGUCCUCUACAUGCGUGCCGGUGAAGAGGGUGCCCUUCGUCAGAACGAUACGAUAGAGGAAGGGGUUGCGGAACAGCUCAGGGCCAACUGCAGCAUUCACACUGACGACAUUGGACAGCAGCAGGAGAACUACAACAAAAUGGCUGAGGAGAAGGGCCUGAUACAAAAGAACUACAACAAAAUGGCCGAGCAGAAGGACAAGCUGCAGAAGAACUACGACAAAAUGGCCGAGGACAAGGCUCAGCUGCAGAAAAGAAACAAGGUGCUGACUGAAGUCAAUGCUCAGCUGCAGAAAAACUGUAGCACAGUAUGGACGGACUACAAUACCCUGGACAAUGAUAAGAGACAACUGGUUACGGACUACAACGUCCUGGCAAAAGAGAAGAUCCAGAGAGAGAGGGACUACAGCGCCUUAGAGACAGAAUGCCAAACUCUGACCAGAGAGAAGAAAAGGGUUGAGGAGGAAAGGAAGACACUGCAGCAACUACUGGAAGAAGAGAGGGACAUGUUUCAGCGAUGGAACCGUACCUUUAUGGUUGUGUUGGAGAACAUGAAACACAAGGAGCAGCUACAGAGGGACUUCGAUGCCGUGUUGGCGAAAUCCCCCUUCCUGGAUCAGUACUGUCCCCUCAGCUUACAGAAGAGAGUGUGCAAGCCCUGUCCACAGGGCUGGGAGCAGUUCUACUCCAAGUGCUACUACUUCUCCACGGAGAGGAAGAGCUGGAUGGACGGUCGCAGUGACUGCAUUAAGCAGGGAGCUGACCUGGUGGUAAUAAAGAGUGAAGAGGAGCAGGAGUUCAUCACCAAAUACACACGAGAUUAUAACUGGAUUGGACUGAGUGACUCAGAAACAGAGGGCACCUGGCUCUGGGUGGAUGGAAGCCCCCUGCAGAGAGGGUUCUGGAGGAACGGACAGCCGGACGACCAUUUCUGGUUUGACAGUCGCACGCAGUACCAGGACGCAGACUGUGUGGUGACUGUGCCCGGUGAGAGUGCAUGGAUGGACACGCACUGCUACUCGUACCGCAGGUUCAUCUGCGAGACUGACGCUCUGCUGCUUUAAAACACCACUUCCUUUGAUGCCAAGUGGGAAAUCUGGGAAAUUUUGUUCAAGAACAUAUUUAA